AUGUUUGCGGGCAGCGAGCUGAUCGUGUGCAGGCCGCUCGUGCUCGGGGCGUUCCUCGGCACUCACGGGGAGCUGGUCGCGAGGCACCAGGAGCUGCUCGGCCCCGACCCCCCCGAGCCGCCCGAGCCCCCCGAGCCCGGCGCGGCGCCGGCCGCCCCGGAGUUGGGCCGGAAGGACUGGCGGGCGCGGCGGCCCGUGCUGCCCUCGAGCCGGCAAUACGACCUCAACUUCGAGGCGCUGGUCGCCCUGCUGCACCACGUGUCCUCGCGGCACGACGCCCUCUUCGAGGCGGUGGAGCUCAUGCUGGAGGCGGACGAGCAGCAGAAGCACCGCCUGCAGGGCGUGAGCCCGCGGCCCUCGUCUCCGCAGCCGGGAAACCACAGCCGCGACGUUUCGCCGCCCGCUCCAGGCCCCGGCGAGCGAGGCGGCGCCCCGGCGCCGGGGGCCGCCGGCACGCAGAGCGCCGCGGGCGGCUCGGUCAUCGCCCAGGUAGCCGCGCUCCUCACGCCGCAUUCGAAGGCGAUGAGCCGCGAGUCGUCGAUGUCGCAGGCCCUCAAUAAGCUCCGCGGGACCGUUUACGCCGUGAUCUUCAGUCGCAUCUGUGAUAGACUUGAGAGUGAUGCAGAAGAGGA